UUCUUCCUCCGCUUCGCCUGGAACAUUUGCCUCUCCCCUCCUCCCUCCGUACCCCCCUCCCCCCUCUCUCUCCCAACGCCCGUCCAUCUCUCCGGCGAAACCGAUGGCCGCGAGCUCAGGCGACGAGUCCCGGAGGCCCAACCCCCUCCCCUCGGCGCUCGUGUCCAAUCUGCAGUCCGUCCUCGCCGCCCGCCGCCCGCCUCCGCCCGAGGACGCCGCGGCCGAGACCCCGGCUCCCGCGGCGUCCGCGGCCGAGGAUGGGUCGUCCGAUGAUGCGCCCGCUAAGCCCGUCGUCCUUCUGACCUGCGCCGGUGGGAUCCAGUCGCCGGGUCUGGCGGCGCUCGUCGACGCCCUCGUCAAGGGCGGCCGAUGCGACGUCCACGUAUGCGCCCCUGAAUCGGACAAGCCUGUCUGUGGUCAUUCCAUUACCAUCCGGGAGACCGUGUCCGCGACAUCCGUCCAUUUUGCAGGGGCGAAGGCUUUUGAGAUAUCAGGGACGCCGGUGGAUUCUGUCUCAUUGGCAUUAUCUGGGAGGCUAUUUUCUUGGUCGGCACCUGCUUUGGUGAUCAGCGGUAUCAAUGCUGGGCCAAACUGCGGCUAUGAGAUGUUCCACUCUUCUGCCAUUGCUGCUGCAAGAGAGGCCUUAAUGUGUGGGGUACCUUCAAUUGCAAUCUCAUUGAAUUGGAAGAAGAAUGAAACCAAAGACAAUGACUACCAGGAUGCAGCUGGGCUGUGUUUGCCACUGAUACAUGCUGCCUUGGCAGAUAUUGAGAAGGGAACUUUCCUCAAAGGGUGCCUGCUAAAUGUUGGGGUUCCAAGCUCGCCAGCUGCAAAUAAGGGUUUCAAGUUGACCAAGCAAAGUAUAUACAGUCCUGCUCAAAGCUGGCAAGCUGUGUCGACAAGUAGACCUCAACCUGCUGCUCACUUCAUGGGCAUGCAUCAAAGCCUUGGUAUUCAGCUCGCACAGCUUGGGAAGGAUGCUUCUGCAGCAGGAGCUGCACGCAGAGGUAAUACUCAGCGGAAGACAGUUGAGGUUGAGUCUGUUGCAGCUUCAGGGAAGCCAGAAGCUCGAGAAGUAGUGAAGAAAUCUUUCCGCGCCGAGUUCAUUGAGAAGCUGCACAAAGAUUUGGAUGAUGAUAUCGAUUUCAGAGCCUUGGAAAAUGGAUUUAUAUCUGUCACUCCUCUGAAUGUGCACGGCCAUGUCGAGCCUGAACUUGAAGCUCCAGCUUCAGACUGGCUGUCAGCAGCUGUGGCUGCGUCUGACAAAGAAAAGGAAGCUUCUCCAGGUAUAGCCGAAGAAAAGGAAGCUCCAGCGACCUAACAAACACGCAGACAUGUACACUGUAGGUGCUUUAGUCCUUGCCUUGGUGUCUAUCUCCUCUGCCCUUGCUUUAUUGGCUUGAUUCUUGUCCCGUCUUUUGCGUUCCAUGUUUGUUCAGUGCAGUCUUUGUUUUUGUUCUUCUUCUCCUACGAUUGCCUAUUUUCUUCGUCAUGUAAAAUGAUUUGAUGCUGGAGCCCCUACAGUUUGGAUGUAACCAUGUAGGCGAUUGCAUCUACUAGACGAAUACUGCCACUCCCCACUAUUUUUCAGUGUGGUUUGUUCCAGAAAGGUGUUGUGUUUAGCACCGGAUGGGUGUGAUUGAUUUUUUGCUUUGUACCUUCUGGACCAUGUCGUACGAAAAUCUUUUGACCUCAUGUAACCUGAAAUGCAAUUCCAACAAUUUAGUGUGUUGGUCUCUCUUGA